AUGAACUUUGUUGGCACCAGCAACAAGCUAUCAGAACUCUCCAGCUCGAUCUUUUCCGAAAAUGGAAAACAACUCGUCACUUCAACCUGCAGUUCAAAGGGAAUACAGUUCCACUUCAUUCCGCCCAAAGCGCCCCAUUUUAGAGGCCUAUGGGAGGCAGCUGUCAAGUCAGCAAGACAACUUCUAAUCCGCAGUGUAGGCUCAGCCUCAUUAACGUACGAAGAAUUAGAGACUGUAGUCAUUGAAAUAGAAGCAAUCUUAAAUUCACGUCCUUUAACACCCAUGACCAACGAUCCAUCCGACAUCUCUUUCCUAACUCCUGGACAUCUAUUAAUUGGUGAAGACCCCACAGCUCAAGUUGACACUGAAGCCAGCUCCAAGAAGCUAUCACUCUUGUCAAGAUGGGAACUUGUCUCUCAAGUUAAACACGAAUUCUGGAAGAGAUGGUCCAAUGAAUAUCUUCACGAAUUACAACAAAGACACAAAUGGAAGAAAUCAUCUCCCAACAUCAAGCCAGGAGACAUGAUAAUUAUCAAAAAAGAUAAUACUCCCAGCAUGAAAUAG